CACAGCUCCCGGCACUCCCUGCGCCGCGCGCGCAGGGAAGAUGGCAGCCGCCGCGGGAUGCGUGGCGGGAGCGGCGCCGGCGGGAUACACGGCUCUGGCGGUGAAGUUCGCGGAACGGCAGCGCUCGCCCCACUUCCUGUUGGUGAAGGAGCACCAGGUCCGGGAAGGGGCCGAUACCGCGCACCCGCCUCGCCGCACGCUCUUCGUCCUCAACGUGCCCCCGUACUGCGGCCCGGACUCUCUGUCUAGGCUGUUCUCUCGCUGUGGGCACGUGCUGUCUGUGGACGUAUGUGACAAGCGAGGGUCAGGAGAGAAAAAAGAUAAACUAACGUCCAAAUUCUUCGAGCACAAAACUCUGAAGGGAUUUCAAGUAGCAUACGUGGUGUUCAGGAAACCAGCAGCUGUCCAGGCAGCGAAGGCUCUGUCACAGGAAGGUCCCUUGCUAAUAUCAACAGAGAGCCACCCUGUGAAAACUGGCAUUAGCAAGUGGAUCGCCAGCUAUGAAGCCUCCAUCGUGGAUCCAAAGGAGCUGAAGGCUGAGGUGGAUGCCUACAUGCAAGCCUAUGAUAAAAAGAUGGCAGAGGAAGAAGCCAAAGCAGCCAAGGAGGAGGGUGUUCCGGAUGAGGAGGGCUGGGUGAAGGUGACCCGGAAGGGCCGGAAGCCUGGCCUGCCCCGGACAGAGGCUGCCAACCUGCGUGUGCUGGAGAAGGAGAAACAGAAAAGGGCCCGCAAAGAGCUGCUCAACUUCUAUGCCUGGCAGCAUCAUGAGGCUAAGAGAGAGCACAUUGCCCAGCUGAGGAAGAAAUUUGAGGAGGACAAGCAGAGGAUUGCACUGAUGCGAGCCCAGCGCAAGUUUCGGCCAUACUAGGCUGUGCUGAGCUGUUCCUCAGGUGUCUGUGCUGGAGAGGGUAGGAGAGAUGCCCACCGACUCCAUUUGUAAAAGGAUUUUGAGGAAUUGAGGCAGCUUUGGGUUGCCUCUACCCUUGGAUCUGAAAUGGGAUAUCCCAGCAACUGCUGCUGAAGGACAGUUCUCUUUACUUGCACCAGAAUCCUGCUCUUCUGUCAUUCUGCCUCAUGGCACCACUUCUCAGGGUGCUCAGGUCAGAGGGCUGAGGCACAUCCUGUUACAAUCUGUAUCUCCGUGUCACCCAAAAACACACCUCCUAAAGCUUGGUGAGAACUGGGAUUGACCUAGUGCAGCUGCUGCAGGGAAUGGCUGAAGAACUGUAAAUAAACUGCUGCUACUGUUUUCAGAA